GCGGUGGACACCUUCUGUCGACCCAGGCACACCACACAUCGCGAUCCUUUCUUGGCGUGUACAACAGCGCGCAAAGGAGUCAUCGAGCCUCCUCGAACCUUCGUACAUCGACGCUCUCUCACAUAUCACGACUUUGUGCACAUCAGCAUGGCCACAGCAACACAAUCUGCUGGCGGUGCCGGCGUCGGCAGCAAUGCCACCUUCAAGGAUAAGGAGAAGCCUAUGGCUGUGCGAGCUUCCAAUAUUGUCGCUGCCAGAGCCGUUGCCGACGCGAUCCGAACCUCCCUCGGCCCUAGGGGUAUGGACAAGAUGAUCAGGAGCGGCAGGGGAGAAACAAUCAUUACCAACGACGGCAACACCAUGCUCAAGGGCAUGUCUGUUAUGCACCCUACCGCUAAGAUGCUGGUCAACCUCUCAGCGGCACAGGACGUCGAGGCUGGAGACGGCACGACGUCGGUCGUCGUCAUCUGCGGUGCUCUUCUUGGUGCUGCUGAGCGUCUCCUCGGCAAGGGAAUCCAUCCCUCCGUCAUUUCCGAGUCCUUCCAGCGUGCCGCCGCCGCCGCCGUUCAAGUCCUCCACGACAUGUCCCAGCCCGUGUCUCUCUCCGAUACUGCCGCCCUCCUGCAAGCUGCCAACACCUCUCUGUCGUCCAAGAUUGUGUCCCAGUACUCUGGUCUCCUUGGCCACAUGGCCGUCAACUCGGUGACCAAGACGAUCGAUAUCAAGACGGCGGACAAUGUCGACCUCAAGAACAUCAGAAUCGUUAAGAAGGUCGGCGGCACGAUAGAAGACAGUGAGCUUGUUGAUGGCUUGGUUCUGAACCAGUCGGUGAUCAAGGCUGCUGGUGGACCUGUCAGAAUGGAGAAGGCUCGGAUCGGUCUCAUCCAGUUCCAGCUCAGCCCUCCUAAGCCUGAUAUGGAGAACACGAUUCAGGUCAACGACUACCGACAGAUGGACAAGAUUGUCAAGGAGGAACGGCAAUACCUCCUCAACAUGGUCAAGAAGAUCAAAAAAGCCAAGUGCACAGUCCUGCUUAUCCAGAAGUCCAUCCUCCGCGAUGCUGUCAACGAUCUUUCGCUACACUUCCUUGCUAAGGUCGGCAUCCUUGCCGUCAAGGAUAUCGAGCGUGACGAGGUCGAGUUCAUCUGCAAGUCGACGGGCUGCAAGCCCAUUGCGGACAUCGACUCUUUCACGGAAGACAAGCUUGGCUACGCCGAUCUUGUCGAGGAGGCGGAUUCAAAUGGUGCCCGCAUGGUCAAGGUGACCGGCACCAAGUCGGCAGGCAAGACUGUGUCCGUUGUGUGCCGCGGUGCCAACAGUUUGAUCCUGGAUGAGGCCGAGCGGUCUCUCCACGAUGCCCUGUGUGUCAUUCGGUGCUUGGUCAAGAAGAAGGCUCUGAUUGCUGGUGGUGGUGCUCCGGAGAUUGAGAUUGCCGCCCAGCUGUCCAAGCAGGCCCGUUCGCUUACGGGCACCGAGGCUAUUUGCUGGAAGGCUUUCGCCGACGCGCUCGAGGUGAUUCCUACGACGCUCGCCGAGAAUGCCGGCCUGAACAGCAUCAAGGUCGUCACCGAGCUGCGCCACAGACACGAGAUGGGCGAGAAGAGUGCCGGUGUGAGCAUCAAGAGUGGAGGCGUCAACACCAACAUCUCCAAGGAGAAUGUCUUGCAGCCGCUACUUGUGAGCACAAGUGCCAUCGAGCUGGCGGCGGAGACAGUCAAGAUGAUCCUCAGAAUUGACGACAUUGCGCUGACACGGUAAUUCGAUAUACCCGGGAAAAGACCAGGGGAGGCUUGGCCCAACGCACAGCUUGGGACUGGCCUGUCUAUGUAUUCAAAACUGUAGGUAGAAAACCAGUUACAGGAUACACAAAUGAUGUGAAAAGCAAUUUCGUCUAGCAGAGAUGUGAUCUUGGGAAUGCAGGUUUCCGACUCAGCAAUGAGACGGGUUGAUGCUGCGGUGCUUUGCCCGAGCAGGAUCAUCUGGGGUAUUGGUAGUAAGUUCAACUGUGAAGUCCUCUACGCGUUGCCGUGGAGAAUAUCCUG